AUUUGUAUCAUUAUGGAUAAGAAAUAUAUGUGUCAAAUAUACAAAAAUGUGCAAUUAUGGAUAAAAAAUCAUAUCUUCAAAACUUUGAUUCAUUAAAUGUGAACAAAAGGCACAUGCAGAUAGGAACUCAUGAUUCGGGUCCACAAUCCUGACUCUUUAACCACUGAUCUAUGUCAAUAUCAAACCUAAUGGACUGAUACAAACAAGUGAACAAAACAUUUAAAUCGCCAUAAUGUGACGUAUUGUCUUAAAAAGUAUAAGUUUAGGUAUAGUGAGAUACCUUUAUAACAUUUUACCAUUUUUCCCCAGUCUCACAUUGUUUUAUUGAUAUUUGGAAAAUAACACGAACGUAAAGGGUUAAUAAUGAUUCUCGUUUUUCGUGACAUGUACGAUUUAUUUUAAAAAAUAAAAGAAACAGAUGUGUCAUUUACUGCUGUAAUAGGUCAGUAUUAUUCAUGUAUAAAUUCUCCUACACUUUAUUAUUAGUUAAUAAAAAACAUCUAAUUUACCAAAUCAAUAGAUUUGUAGUAUGCUUAAAAGUAUAAAAUAAAUAAGAACGCUACAGAGACGUGUAAUAUGAAACACCCUGUAUAUAUAAACCAAUGAUCGUGCAUAUUCCAAUUUCUGAAAACUUACUUUCGUUUUGUUUUUCUUAGAAGAGAGUACAUAGUCUUCCAGAUCGAAGUCAAUGAUAAUAAUAAUAUUCAGUGGCUCAGCAUACAGUAAAGCGGUCGAUAAAUCAGACAUGAACGCAGAUAUUACUGGGGGAUGUAGCUUUUGCAGCCAAAGGUCAUUAAAUUUACUGAGAUGUAGCCGGUGUAAGGAGAUGUACUACUGCUCCAAGGACUGUCAGAGAGGGCACUGGAGGGAAGGGCAUAGAAAACAUUGUGUAGCGGUGAACAAUCAGGUCCUCUCCAUGGGAGAGAAUCGAAGAAACGUCUGCAGCUUUUGUGGAGAGGAGUCUCCCGAUUUACUGAGAUGUAGUCGAUGUAAGGAGGUGUACUACUGCUCCAGGGACUGUCAGAGAGGACACUGGAGAGAGGGGCACAGAGAAGAUUGCAAGGAAGAAAUCAAAUACACUGAUUUUACCUCAACUGAUGCAGUGUGUGGGUUCUGCUGUAUAAAAACGAACCAAUUGAAAAAGUGCAGCGGGUGUAAAGAUGUGUCUUAUUGCUCUAAGGAGUGUCAGAAACAAGAUUGGAGUCGGGGACACAAAAAUAACUGUAAAAAAGUUGGAAACAAAGAAAGGCCUCCUCUUCUAGGAGUGUCUAUGGAAGACAACUCUAGCAAAAAUAAAACGACCCCUGUUAUGACAGAUUCGGAAAGAUGCUCAAAAUGUAAAAAUGGUGGCGAAUUAAAAUUUUGCCAGGGAUGUAAAAAACAGAAAUAUUGUUCUGUCAAGUGUCAGAAAGCGGACUGGAAAAGUCAUAAAGUUAAUUGUUUAAAGGAACAAGGGAAAAGUAUUAGAGAAAAUGAAAAAAGGGCCGGGGAUUUGUUACCUAUAUGUGCUUUUUGCAGAAAUAAGAAGACAUCUCUCGCUUGCUCGGGCUGUAAAUCCGUGUAUUAUUGUUCCGAGCCUUGUCAGAAACUAGACUGGGUCACACACAAAACAUUUUGUAGAUCCCAAAAAAUCCAACCAAAAAUCAGAGAGACACUUAACAGCGUGCAAUGCUCCAUUCUUGGUCUUGUCACACCUGAGGAACACCAGGGGAAGAAUCCAAACGACGGGAAACUACUCCCUUCAGCGGAACAGAUGCGUCUCUUUCAGAGUGCCCAUUGCCGUCAGUGUCAAAGAAAGUCAAUUGAGAUACCUUGCCCUUACUGCAAGACAGUCAUGUAUUGCUCAAUAGUAUGUCGAGAUCUUCAUGAAACAGUCCAUCAAAAGUCCUGCAGUUUUUUGCAGAACCAAUCACACCAAGAAAAUGCAUCUGAAAAAACGGAUAAUUUUUCUUCUUUCAGUAUAUCUGAAGUAGAUUUUAAUGUUGAAUAUUCACCACACCAUGCUAUAAUGCCAUUUGGAAAGAAUCCGUUGUUCAUUGAUGAUGGUGCAGAUCUAGAUUUGAUAAUAGAAAGAUCAGAACAAUCACGUCUUGCAGCUAUGACAAAAACUCGUCACAAGUUUCCGGACCACACUUUAGUAGUCCGCAUCAGGGAAAUCCCUCUGGAGACAAAGUUUGCUUCAAACAUUCACACAUGUUCGCAACCCUUCGUGUUCCUUUCCUACAUUAGAAGGUAUCAUCAGUACAGAGGACGCCAUAAUGUUUAUUUACAGGACUCUGAACGGCGGGAGAUUUACGCUAGUUUCUACCUCCCAAAUGAUGACCCUUCACCAUACUUCCGAUGGAGUGACGUAGUUCCUGGGAAUUUCAUCGCCAUUUUGUCACCUUGCAUACAUUUUUUCAAUGACGGGACGGUCGGUUUACGAGUGGACAAAGCCAGUUAUGUUUACUGCUUUGAUGUAAAGGACUAACGACGAUUUAUGUUUGGAAAAAUACAUCUACGAGUGUCAGUAAUUGUAUAGCUAUCAAAAAUAAUAUUUUCAAUGUAAGACGAUGAAAAUUUAUAAUAUAAAUACAUGAAGUUAAUGUUUGUGAAAUGAUUUCGGAUUGAAUUGAAGUUUCAUUUAUUUGAUGCCCAUAUAUGAUGUGUCAGACAUUACAGGAUUGCUAAAGUCAGUUUGCUCAUUCAGAUACUAUUAUGUCAUUGUAGAUUUCGGUUUUCUUGAUCCCUGUUGAUGACUUAUUCCGCCUUUAUUUAUGACCAAACUUUCCUUACUUAUUUACUUACUUGUAAAAUCUAGAUAAUAACUGUACAUCUUGUACAAGGAAAUCAAGUUACAAUGUAAUCUGAUUAACAAACCAUUCAAUACUUUGGUACAGUGUUAUGUUAUUAUUAUUCAAUCAAUAAAUCACAGAAUUAUUUUCAGCUUGUGUAUAGUAUCGAUAAAAUCUUAAAACAAUAAAGUUGUAGUUGUCUAAAAUUGUUUAACGUUUUAAACAAUUUUUUACAAAUACCUUAAAAGGUAUUUUUUUUAAUAAUCACAUUGGUAACACGAAAGCAAAAUGUACAGAAAUUUAAUGUUAUUAAAAACAUUUCAGAUCGAAAAAAAUGUCCUUAUACAUAAGGAACGGGAAAUAACUAAACAAUAUAACAACAUUAACUGGAAAAGAAAUUUCGAAGGACGUAAGAUCAUUUAAUUGGUAAUAAUAUAAAAAUAUAUUUUCAAAUCAUAUUGAAAAAUAACAUUGGUAAACAAAGGUAAACAAAAGGCUUUUUCAUGAUAAGGACGUUAACAUAUUUAAUACUUUAUAAUAAAUGAUUGCAAUUUGUUUUCAACAGACAUUUAUCAUCUACUCUUGUUUGAACAGACCACAAAUUUAAAACUAUAUUGGUUUUACACCACAGAAGAUUUGGCGUGUAAAAAAACUCAAAAAGGACACACAACAGAAAAUAGUGGAAAGAAGUUUCACAUACAGAAAAAUCCAGGAAACAGGUCUUUUGCCACAAAAGAGGUCGUCAAACGACUUGAGGGAGAAGCAGGACUCAAAGUUUGUCUCCAUGACAGGGACUUUGUUCCUGGUACGGACAUAUCUGAUAAUAUCAUUGGCGCCAUUUGGCAUAG